AUGGCCGACACAGAGGAGCACGACGAGAACCUCGUCAUCGACACCUCCGAAGACGCCGACUCCGCCUACGGCGACAACGACACCGAGUCCGCAACCACCUCCCUCCGCUCCGCCGUCUUCGCCUACCACUACGAGAACGGGCGGCGGUACCACGCCUACCGCAAAGGCGCCUACUGGGGCCCCAACGACGAAGCCUCCUCCGACACCCUCGACAUCUUCCACCACAUCUGCACCCUCACCCUCGGCGGGAAGCUGUUCCUCGCCCCGAUUUCAGAGAAUCCGCAGAGGGUGCUGGACGUAGGCACGGGGACGGGCAUCUGGGCGAUUGACUUUGCGGACCAGUUCCCGAGCGCGCAGGUUAUUGGCACGGAUCUGAGCCCGAUCCAGCCGAGUGAUGUGCCGCCGAAUGUGUAUUUCGAGGUCGACGACGCAUGCGACGAGUGGGUCUUCACAAAAGAAAGCUUUGAUUUCAUACAUGUGCGCGCCAUGUAUGGCAGCGUGGCCGACUGGGGGAAGCUCUACGAACAGGUCAUGCUCCACCUCAAACCCGGCGGCUACUUCGAGCAGGUCGAAAUGAGCGUCGUGCCCAAAUCCGACGACGACAGCGUGGGUCCCGACAGCAUCUUCAGCCAAUGGGGCCGGGUAUCGCUCGAAGCCGGCGACGCCUUCGGCAAGACGCUCCGCUGCGUCGACGAGUCCAAAGACGGGCUGGUCGCAGCCGGCUUCGAAGACGUGGUCGAGCACCGCUUCAAGUGGCCGAUUGGCGGCUGGACGAAAGACAAGACCCUGAAGGAGAUCGGGCUGUACAACCGCCUGCAUUGGGAGCAGGGCAUCGAGGGGUGGUGUAUGUUUCUGCUGAUCAACUAUCUGGGCUGGACGAAGCAGGAGGUGGAUGUCUAUUUGGCCAAGAUGAGGGGCAUGUUGAGGGAUAGGAAGGUGCAUGCUUAUCAGGAUGUGUGA